UAAAAAUAAAACACUGAGACGAUGCCAUCAACACAAACUACUCCAGAUACAAAUGGAGAGAGGGAGGUUGCUGACGAUCACGGCAGUGGGCUUUUUGUGCUGGGCGGUUGUUGUACCUUGCAAGGCCAUCGAGUCACCGCAGUACAUGGUUGUACACUCGGAAUCCGACUUCGAUAUCAGGCUUUACUGGGAUUCCACCUGGAUGUCUGCUUCUGUUCGAGACCUCUCUUUCCAAAAGGCCACUCUCUAUGGUUGUUUCAGUAUAUCCAAGGUGCAAAUCUAAAUUUCUCAAGGAUUGCUAUGACAGCUCCUGUAUUGACAAGCAUAGUACCAGGUGCUGGGCCUCUUCAUUCAUCUGCCUAUUUUGUUCGAUUUUACCUGCCUGUUAAGUUCCAAGAUGAUCCGCCGGUUCCCCUCCCUGAACUGAACCUCAAACCCUAUAAGUGGAGGAGUCACUGUGCUGCCAUCCGGAAAUUUUCUGGGUUUGCAACAGAUGAUAAAAUUGUGAAAGAGGCAGAGAAACUUGCCACAAGUUUGACCAGGUCCCCAUGGGCAAACAGCACUUCUUCUGAAAGCAAUUAUGCGUACUCCAUUGCACAGUAUGAUUCACCCUUUCAGGUUAAUCAGUCGUGUUAAUGAAGUGUGGGUGGAUAUCAAUGCACGUGAAUUAGAUGGCUGCAAAUCCAGUGGAAUAGCUGCAUACUGAAGAACUGAACAAUUGGCUCUUUUAAUGUGAAUAUGAAAAGCAAAUCAUACAUGAGUAUGUCCAUAAGCUCCUUAUGUUGUAUGUAUAUAUUAUAUGAUCUCUAUGGAUCCUGAGUUACUCCUGUUGAACUCCCUUGUCGAUAAUAUAAAUCAUAAGAAAUGAAUCAUGUUUGUAUUUCAAAAGCAA